AUGGAUUUGACGACCACAUCAUCUGACGCAACUCAACUUCGAAAGCGGAAAGAGGCAGAAAAAGCGUAUGGUAGAGGCCGGAAGAUCCCAGUGAAGAGCAUUAAAGACAAGAAGCUUCGAGGAAACCUAAAAGCCCUUGAGAACAAGUACAAAACUGCGACGCUGCGGGCAAAAGAUGCGGAAAUUCUUCACGAAAAUACCGAGGGGUUCUUAGAGCCGGAAGACGAGCUAGAGCGAACAUACAAAGUACGGCAGGAGGACAUUGUAGCAGAAGUCCCGAUUGAGACGGCGAAGAAGAGAUUCGAGCUGAAGCUAGACGCCCUGGGACCAUAUGUCUGUGAUUACACGAGGAAUGGGAGGGAAUUACUGCUUGCUGGUCGAAAGGGCCAUGUUGCUACGAUGGACUGGCGAGAAGGAAAGCUCGGAUGCGAGAUACAACUCGGCGAAACGGUACGAGAUGCGAGGUGGCUACAUAAUAACCAGUUGUUCGCAGUUGCGCAGAAGAAAUAUGUCUACAUUUACGAUCGGGCAGGUGUGGAGAUACAUUGCCUGAAGAAGCACAUCGAGGUCACAAAUAUGGAGUUUCUCCCAUAUCACUACCUGCUGGCCACAGUAGGCAACGCUGGAUACUUGAAAUAUCAAGAUGUCUCUACUGGCCAAAUGGUUAUUGAGAUUCCUACCAAGCUCGGUUCUCCUACUUCCUUAACACAAAAUCCACAGAACGCCGUCCUUCACAUGGGUCACCAAAAUGGCACGGUCACUCUCUGGUCACCUAAUUCUACAACGCCACUCGCCAAACUUCUUGCUCACCGAGGUCCAGUCCGAGCUCUAGGUGUGGAUCGAGAAGGGAGAUAUAUGGUCUCAACAGGUCAAGACCUCAAGAUGUCAGUUUGGGACAUCCGAAUGUUCAAGGAAGUCAACAGCUAUUUUACGAGACAGCCAGCUUCAUCAGUUGCAAUAUCAGACCGCGGUUUAACAGCCGUUGGCUGGGGCACACAGACGUCAAUAUGGCGAGGUCUGUUCUCGAAACAUUCACUUGAGCAAGAAAAGAUCCAAAGUCCAUAUAUGGCAUGGAGAGGUGAUGGCAAGCGGAUAGAGCGAGUACGGUGGUGCCCAUUUGAAGAUCUGUUAGGUGUCUCUCACAACGAGGGAUUUUCCUCGAUCAUCGUCCCGGGAGCUGGAGAGCCUAACUUCGACGCCAGCGAGGUCAACCCAUACGAGAACACCAAGCAACGACAAGAAGCCGAAGUGAAGUCCUUGCUCAACAAGCUGCAGCCAGAAAUGAUCUCCUUGAACCCAGAAUAUAUCGGAAACUUAGAUUUACUGUCUGCCGAACAACGAAAGGCAGAGAAGGAUCUUGACCAGAAACCUGUUGAUCCGAUUGCAGAUAUCAAGAAUCGUGGGAGAGGGAAGAAUAGCUCUUUGAGGAAAUAUCUGAGGAAGAAGGGGUCGAGAAAUAUUAUCGAUGAGAGGAGGCUGAAGAUUGAGGAGCUGAGGAAGAGCCAGGGCGAGAAGCAACGGAAAAGGCUAAAGGAAGCGGAGCAAGAGCUUGGUCCUGCCUUAGGACGUUUUGUCAGGAAAGGGGCUUGA